AUGCCCACAAGCUUGCUAUUCAAUAGAGUCGUUAUCCUGGUCAACGCCUACUCUUUACCUUCUUACCAACGGAGACGUUGGCCUUCAGGCAAUAGCAAGAAGUCAAAGCGCUGCCCACGUGGAGGAGAAGGACACGAGUGGAGGUUCUGUAGUGAAGUCAACUGGACCCUCAGAUCCCCAAAUUUCAGAGCAACUGCUUCAAAGAGGAAUGUCACUGAAGAGAACCUGAAGAAAGCCUCUCCUCAAGUUCAAGAAGAAGUUGCGGCACUAAUGAAGACAGAUCCAGAAGCGUGCGACAAGACCACUCAUUUAGCGCUCAAGGCGCCACCUGGGGAUGACCCACCAACGGAGUCGUUGGCUUUCUUGACGGCCACGAUAUCCCCUGAGGUCUACCACCUGGCGGUUGACACAUUCGCUCCACGCCAACUGGAUCAUCGAUUCAGAGACCGUUUCGUGACUCUGAGCCAGAGCGUGACUGAGAUUAAGAUGGGGAACGGCACAACGAAGGUAGAGGGACACGGAACAGCACGCGUUGUCGUAAGGGACCCAACGAGCGGCGUCGCUCAGUGGGCUACCCUCAAGGACGUGUGGUACGCGCCCACUUUUGCAACUAACAUUAUCUCCGCUUCGGAGAUCAAGAAGGAUGGUUUCUUUUUUACCAGCGAGCUGCCUGGUAUCGUCAGGGGAUGUUCAGAUCACUCGGAUUAA